UCUCUCCCCUCACUUGCGCCGCAGCCGCCGCUGCGGCUGCAGCUGCGGACUUGGACCUCGAUGGACCCCGAUGGAUGUGCACGGACUUGGAAGGACCCAGAUGGACCCAGAUGGACCCAGAUGGACCUGGACGUGAGUGAUGUGUGGGAAAGCCGAGAGGCUGGGAAGGGUCUCUUAUGGACCCUACCAGUUGCUGUAGACGAAUAUUUAAGGGGCUUUUCAGAGGAAGGAGUCAAGGCUGAAGAAUCCUGCCUGCAGCUUCCUGCUUCAACUUAGCAACUCUUCCCCCAGCUUUCAACCAUGAAGUUCUUUCCAGUCUUGCUUCUCACGACGAUCAUGGCCCAGCCACUCACCUAUGCCCUGGAAUGCUACGUCUGUGAAUCCAAAGGGUACAACUGCUUCAAGCACAUGAGGUGCCCUGAUUAUGUCAACUACUGUAUGACCACCCGGACUUAUAUUACUCCAACCAGGGUAACAGUCAGCAAGUCCUGUGUCCCCACCUGCUUCGAGACCUUGUACGAUGGCUAUACCAAGAACGCCGCCACUACGUCCUGCUGCCAAUAUGACUACUGCAAUGGGGCGAGCCUCGGGGCCCAGGCCUCCUCAGCUCUGGCCCUCACCACGAUUCUCAGCACGCUCUGGGGGCUGCUCCCCCCCAGCCUCUGAUCCAGGCUAACUGGACCCCUUCCCUUUUCCCAGAAGCCCCAGAUCAACUUGGCUCUGUGAGAGAUGAGGAGAACACAGCGACUUCCUAACCAGCCCCACCCCACGAAUCAAGCCCCGCCCAUGGCCUCUUCCCAGGACCACCUCUUCUGCCCCCAGCCCUCAGCGCGCUCAUGGGAUGUCAGAUCCUCCCUGGGUGCUUUCCGCUUGAGUCUAGAUCCUCCCUGGGAAUCCUUCCUAGGCCUGGGAAUCCUUCCCAUACAACCAGGGGAUGGGAGUGGGCCUCAUUUCUAGCUAAUCCAUAGGCUUCUUCUCUGCCCUGUCAUUGGAGUCAGAAGAACCUGUUUGGAGCCCAAAGUUGGGGAGGGGGGGAGAAGGGGAAGAGGCUCUUGGAUUCUUGGAUUUCCCCGAAUCCUUAUCCCCGGACUAGUCUUAUUUCUAUGCUGACCAUCUCGGAACGCUUCACACUUCUGCUCCUCAACUCAUCUACUUUUCAAAAUGUCUGACUUUGAACUUGAUUGACUAAUGGGGGACCUGAUGCCUGAAAUGUGCAUGGAUCUGCCAUCCACACCGGACUCCUUCCACAGGGAUGAGUGUUGGGGGAAGACCAAUUUAGGGUGGGGUAUGGAGGGGGGGGGAGGCACAUACACAGGGGUUGGACAAGUAUGGUUUUUUGUUACCUGUUAAGUUCUGAUGGGGGGUUGGGGGUGGGGGUGGAAAUAAUCGAGCACUGCUGCUAGGGAAGGAGUGGGAGAUAGAGAGAACCUGGGCAAAGUGGGGGGAAAUACCCCCACCUCCAGGAAGCCCCUGGUCUGAAAUGGAUUGUCAUAGUUAACCCCUUAUUUCAGUUGGCUCUUCCAGAGGAAUGGGAAGAGGUUGGGUGCACAAGAAGGUAAGGCCUACCCAGAGACUGACACAUACCACAGAAGGUUGAGAUGGAGGGGAGCUCUCUUGAGCUGUCCCAGAAAGGACCACACAGACAGAAUCGCUGAACGGGAGAGCUGGAAGAUUCCCUUAGAGACCAUCUAAUCCAAUCCUCUCAUUUGACAGAUAAGGAAGUUGAGGCACAGGGAGGAAAGGUGACUUGUCAGUGGUCACAAAGUGGGGUUGUGUGUGACAAUGGGUCCCCAUGAGUUCCCACACAACUCUGGGUCCCCUUGUUACAUCGCUGGUCCCCUGUGCUAUCUUGAAUCACAUCCCGAAACCUCAAGCUUGAGCCCUCGCCAUUACAUUUCUCUGCCACACCAAAGAAAAUCUACAUGACUAUUAAAAAACACACACACACGCAUUUCAUUACAGCAGAAUAGGAAGAUAAAUAACAGGGUAGAAACGUCGUCUGUACUCAUGCACAAAGAGAUUGCCAUAUGCUGUGCUUUUAACCCCUCACCUUUCCUCUUACCCCUAACUCAUCCACUUUCUGUUCAGACCCAAGGAACCCCAGUUAACCUAAGGGUUUGAAAUCAUUUGCCUCUUGGGUUUCUUUCCUUCCAGUCUCAGUGGGGCAGGAUAAAUAGAAUGAAUGUCUAAGGGCUGAAUGAAAGCUGGUCUCCUACCACAACUCUGGAAUCAUCCCAUGGUGGUCCGGCCAGGCUCCGUGGCUGCCUGUGUUCCCCACAGCUCUCACAGCCCCACUGUUUGCUUUUUCCCAUAUGCUCAUUUCUGUAGCUUCUGAACUGCUGUGCUUCAGUACCUUCUGAUCUCUCUCAUCAUAUAGUAGCUACCUCCCUUUUCCAAGUCUGUGCCCCCACUCCCUAAUCUCCGAUCCUUAACAUCUGUUCUGCCCUUCCAAGUCUGCACUGCCAGCUCCCUCCAUGUGGCUGCUCUCCCCUUCCUAGUUUAAGCCCACCUGACACAGUUCCUCUUCAUCCAGAUUUUGCAACCAACUGCCCAUCUACAACGGUUGGAGAAAGGGGAUUCUACUUCUCCGGUUCUCCAUAAUCUCUGUCCUCCUGAUUGCCGGGGAGUCCAACAGGCUCCCCUGUGGGCAGCAGGCGGUUUUAGUGUGUUGCCUUAGCAGAGUCCCAAUGCCAACCCACAGCUUCUUCUGGUGCUUCUCGUGUGCCUCUGUGCAGGAACGCUCUCGUUCCCCUGGCCUGCAUCUGCCUGUUUCUGUAGCUGUGAUCUUCACAGUCCUGUGGCCAGCCCACCUGACAGCUCUCUGGCUUGCCAUGCUGCUGCCCCUCUCCCACAUAGCUGCUCCAACUCGGAAGCCCCUGUUCACCGCUCCGCCGCAUUUGCCUCUGUAAUGGGCUGGCCUAACUCCUGUGGGCGCAUGUCCACUUCUGCUGCUGUGGCACCCAUCCAACAUCAGUCUGGUGGACCACAGCUUCCUGAUAAACCUGUGCUGAAUUCCUUCCUUAAGUGCGCCCAGUAAACGGAUGUUGAUGUUGGCAAAUCGUUGGGAGAUGGAAGAAUACAGCCCAGAAGUGAAGGGGUGGGAGGGUGGGCCUCUCAGGAGGCCUUCCUUCUGGGCUGGUGCCAGAAUGGCUUGCCUUGACCUGGGGUCCUGAACCUUUCAGCAUCUCUGAGAGAAGUGUUGCCGAUCCACCUUCCACACACUCUCUCUCUGAUGCUUGAGGGGACGGGACCCAGGAAAGGCUUUGAGGGCAGAAGGGAGGAUCUUUGGGGUCUAGACAAAGCCCCAAAGCUAUCUUUGUUGCUAGGUACUGGUGCACUGGAAUUCGGCUUCUGAUCAAAGUCUGGAUUCCUCUCGAGUGAAUCCAGCACAGAUGUGUUUGUUUUGGUCCAAAGUCAAAGUAAGAGAGCUGCCUCACCGGCUCUUUGGCUGCUCUCUGUAGGUGUUUUUCACACAACAGGCUGCCUUGACCUCUGGUCUCCUGACCUUCCGGGGAGGAGGUAGCCCUGCUUGUUAGUUUGUGCCCUGCUGGAUUCACUUUGAGGUCUGCUUGUACAGUAGCAGCCUCCCUACUGCCUCAGCUUCCCGUCCCUGAGGCCAAGUGACCA